UCUCCAAUUAAAAGACUUUUGCAAAUAACAAAACUUAACAAUAAUAUAGCAUACAAGAAAAGGCUUCUCGAAAUAUACGCUAAUGACCAGUUUAUAUGCUGUGCCCUAGCGGUGCGUUACAGGCACACCGUGACUUAAGACAGUUAAUGCGUAAUUAGUAAAAUUAAUAAAUAAUUAGGUGACACCCACAGCUUGCGUAGCAGAAAGCUGAUAACAAAAAAGGCAAAAAGGAAUAGAAUAGUUUAUACAACAAAGGGACAGGUAAAGAACCUCAAACGACAGCGAUGAGCAGUCAGGGACAUCAUAAGAUGCACGGCCUCGGCGGCACCGUAGUAACACUUGCCGCCGGCAACAAAAGCAAAGUAGAAUCUGGCCCAGAGUAUACGGAUGAGAUUGAUCUGGGCGAUCGCUUUUCGGCGGAUAUUGCACGCCUUUGCAUGAAUGAACGCUAUGCCGACGUGGAGUUCGUGGUUGAGGAGCAACACUUGCCGGCACAUCGUGCCAUACUUGCCGCACGUAGUGAAUAUUUUCGUGCGUUGCUCUACGGCGGCAUGUCAGAGGCGACACAACGUCAAAUUAUGCUAGAAGUCCCACUGGAUCCAUUUAAGGUGUUGCUGCGCUAUAUAUACUCGGGCACAUUAUCAUUGGCCAGCUUAGAUGAGGAUGCUGUCAUCGGUGUGCUGGGGAUGGCCAAUCAAUAUGGCUUUCAGGAUCUGGAAAUGGCCAUAUCUAAAUAUCUACGUCAGUAUUUAGCGCUUAACAAUGUGUGCAUGAUACUGGAUGCAGCCCGUCUAUACAAUCUCGAUGACCUCACACAAGUCUGUCUCAUGUUUAUGGAUCGCAAUGCAGCGGAUUUGCUGCAGCAUGAUUCUUUUAAAAUGCUCUCGAGGGAAUCGCUGGCGGAGGUACUACGUCGCGAUUGUUUUUUUGCGCCCGAGGUGCAAAUCUUUUUGGCUGUUUGGAAAUGGAGCCGCUAUAAUCCAGAUAUCGACAUCAAAACCGUUGUAGACUAUGUGCGUCUGCCUCUUAUGAAUUUAGAGCAUCUGCUGCAGGUGGUGCGACCCUCAGGCAUACUGGAGCCAGACAAGAUACUCGAUGCAAUUGACGAACGCAGCACAUCAAAGAUGCUGCCCUAUCGAGCUGCACUGUGGCCGGAGGAAAAUGUGGCCACCUGCAAAUAUUUAUCACGUUGCAUUCAAGGCGAAUGCCGUGCAUCGCUGCUCGAUGGCGAUGUUACUUCCUAUGAUAUGGAACAUGGCUAUACGAGGCACUGCAUCACAGAAAAUGAGGAUGCCGGCAUUGUAGUAGAGCUGGGCACCAUGUGCAUGAUUAAUCACAUACGUAUGCUGCUUUGGGAUCGCGAUAGUCGUGCCUAUUCCUACUUUAUUGAAGUAUCUGGCAAUCAGCUCCAUUGGGAGCGUGUAGUGGACUACAGCGAGUAUCAUUGUCGCUCCUGGCAAUAUUUGUACUUCGAGGAGCGUCCCGUUCGCUUUAUACGUCUCGUGGGCACUCAGAAUACAGUUAACCGGGUAUUCCAUGUGGUUGGCUUGGAAGCCAUGCAUACAGCAAAUUUUCCCAAGCUGGUUUAUGGCUUUGUGGCACCUAAGGCAAAUGUGGCGACCAUUGAGAUGAGCGCCAUUGUUACGGAUGGCGUUAGUCGUACGCGCAAUGCUCUGAUUAAUGGCGAUUUUGCACGCUAUGAUUGGGAUUCGGGCUAUACUUGCCAUCAGCUAGGCAGCGGUGAGAUUGUGGUGCGUUUGGGUCAGCCGUAUUAUGUGGGAUCCAUGCGUCUGCUGCUGUGGGAUUGCGAUGAUCGCACCUAUAGUUUCUAUAUUGAGACUUCAACGAACCGCAAAAAUUGGCAAAUGGUUGUGGAUAAGCGUAACGAGAACGUGCGCUCCUGGCAAAACUUUCAUUUCAAGCCACGCCCCAUAGUCUACAUACGCAUUGUGGGCACACGAAAUACGGCAAAUGAGAUAUUUCACUGCGUUCAUUUGGAGUGUCCCACACAGGAUAAGACCUAUCUGAAGAAAAUUGCCGAAAUAAAAAAGGAGCGCGAUCGUGAGAAAUCGCAGGAAACUGAAGUUAAGUUGGAUGAAGAGAUUGCUAGUACUUCCGGUCUAGCUGGCACUCAAUUAGACUUUUCAGCAGUGAGUGCUGACCUACUCAACUGGUCAAAUAAUCUAACAGCAACAGCAUUAAAUUCCAAAAAGUCUUCAGAAUUAUUGGAGUUAAAAAACGAUUCUGAAGCUAAGUCUCCUACGCCAUCAGAGGAAGCAUUACCAGUUGAUAAGUCCCCUUCCACGUCUUCACCAGCGAAAUCAUUGCAGGGAAUUUCUGUGCAACAAUCGCCCCCACAAGUCCAGUCGCCACCAAAGGACCAGUCGCCACCAAUAGACAUCCCUGAUCGACCAAUGAACGACCGUGAACUUUCACCAAUUGUUGAAGUAGACAAUGAGACAACGUCGCCAAAAAAGCAGCCUGAAAAGUAAAAAAAAAAUGAGAGAAUAGUUUUGGAACCUUUUUAUACGUGAUCUUUUUUUAUACAUAUGUCGCAACUCGAAAUACUCCUGUGGUCAAAGCGCUGCUACUUACUAACAACAACUUACUGUAUGUAUUUGCCAAGGCAAACUUAAUACCUUAUAUUUAUAUACACAUAUAUUUUAUAUCUGCCUUUAUAUAUUGCAUAUGCAUAUUUUUUUAUUGUUUGCAAGGCAGCGUGGCUUACUAAUAAGCAAUAUACUUAUUUAAAUUUACUUACAUAUAACUUAAAAACAAGUUUGUACAUAUACGUAUAUUAAUAACCAUCUAAUCAAGCAUGAGACAUACAUUAUAUCCUCUCAGCAGAAAAGGGACCCACAUUACGGUCGCUGGUGUGUGAUUUUCCAGUGUUAAUUAUGUAUUUUAUAGGAUUUUGUUUAUGUAUUUAUUAUUGGUCCCAGAAUAUUAUGUAUAAUUCUAAAUAACUGCAAUUGCAAUUUGCGAACAUUAAAUAUAUAUUUAAUUACAUUACAAUUAAUUGUGAGUAGAGCUAACCUUAAUUUCCAAUUCACAUGAAUUAAAACAAACCAAACUGAUGAUAACCAUUUGCAUUGUUUCCAUAAAUGUAAGUUAGUCAAAGUUGUCAAGUAUCUACAAUUUGUCAUACAUACUAUGCAAAAGUACUUAUAUGAAAUAAAUAUAAAAACUACUACUCCCAAA